AUGCUGUGUGUCAAAGAACUCACUUCCGUCCCUGCUUCUGUCCAUAGAUGUAGAGGUCUACUGAGGAGGGUGGGGCUCCUCAUAGAUCUAGUGUUCCUGACGAUUAAGCAAGAAAUGGCCUCAAGUUGCUGUUCAGCUCCUUCUAGUUCUGCUGUUGUCGAUGUUGUCGAUACAAUUAGCCUCCCAAACACAUACAGCACAUGGCCUGAGAUAAGUGGUCAUCUUUCAGCUCUAUCCAGUAAGGCUGAGAGUGGCCCUGAGACAUUCCAGCGUGCAUUGGAGCAUGAUGGAGAGACUGUAUCCAUAUCCCUACUGGAUAAGGUUUUGGGCAAAGCUCAGUACAUCACUGAAGACCAUUUUUAUGGGACACUGCUACCAUGGAUAGCAGACAAGGCUUUGGAAGUGGAGUCACUGUUUAAAGAGUCCGAUUAUUCAAUACUGAAUUUGUACAAUGGACGCUGUCAAGAGAUUCAGCUCUCCCGACAACAAGUGUGUUGUCUUAUGGCCCUGGCGUUUUUCAACACGUUUAAGGAGCUUCCAGGAAGUGCGCAUGGUGCCGGUGGAUACCAGCAAUUCACCUUCACUGGCUUCCUAUCGUUUCCCUUCUACACCAGUCAGGAGUCAAAACUGAUCUGCCUUCUCCAUUACUUCGAAAGGAUCCGACAAGCUGAAACCAACAAGGAAGACACCUUUUUGAAUGUCAAUAUUGCAUUCUCAAGGAAGCAGCUACCAAAAGCUAGCAUUGAAGAUCCCAACACUUUCUGGGGUCAAUGUGACCAUCCACUUGUUCCGUUCGAGAGUCUAGCUGAGGGACUAAUUGAGGGGGCUAAUGGUUGUCUGCAAGUUGACUUUGCUAAUGAGUACAUCGGAGGAGGGGUGCUGGGAAUGGGGAACGUGCAGGAGGAGAUACGGUUUGUGAUUAACCCAGAGUGUCUUGUUUCCAUUCUCUUUUGCCAAUCCAUGGACCAUCUUGAGUCCAUUCUCAUUACUGGCGCUGAGCAGUUCUCCUCCUACACUGGAUAUGGUGGACGCUUCCAGUUCACCGAGCCUUACAAUGACCCUAAUCCCACAGACAAAUUUAAAAGAAAGCAAGUGAACAUUGUAGCGAUUGAUGCCACCCCAUUUGACUUCUUUACGUCAGCUGCUCAGUUUCAGAGGAAUGGCAUAAAUCGUGAGCUUUACAAAGCCUACUGUGGUUUCAUUCACAAGAUCUCCAUGGAUGAUAACGAGAGUGGUGAGAACGUUCCUGUUGCAACAGGGAACUGGGGCUGUGGUGCAUUUGGAGGAGACAAGGAAAUGAAGACUCUGUUGCAAUGGAUGGCAGCUACUAAAGCGAGAAGGCCAGUUCGUUAUUUCACUCACAACGAUGAAAGGUUUGCAGAAAGGCAGAAAAUAGUCACUCAGUUUUUACUUAGCAAGAAAGUGACUGUGGGACGGCUUUACAAUGUGCUUGUGCGAGGGAAGACCACAAUUGGAGAUGUGUUUUCCUAUGUCAUGGAGGCAUUUGAUAAUUGA